CGGCAUAUAACUACUCGUCGCCGCUGUUGCAGCCGGCAGUCCACCGAUUUCUGCGUUGAGGAUUAUUCGCGUCCGUCCUUCUGUCUGUAAUAUUGCUGACCUUUCGCCAAGCACAUUAUAAGAUGUAUUCCGCUAUUGCCGUCUUGCUGGCCGUUGCCGGCUACGCCGCUGCCAGUCCGGUGGCGGUGGGAACUUGCGACCCGAGCCAGUUUAUGCCCUGCGUAAUGCCCAUGCUUAUGUUUGCCAUGGGACCGGAAGGUCAGCAACUGACCAAGAUCAAGGACGGCAUGGAUAUCACCGAGCCGCAGUUGAAAAGCCUCUGCAGAAUCGGAAAAGAGACUCUGACCUGUGCCAAGACCGCCGUGGGUUCGUGUGUCCCCCGUGACGUCACCGACCUGCAUGAAGCCCUGGCCAGCACCGUGAAGCUGAUGGAAGUCUGCGACCGCCCCGACAUGUACAGCAAGGCCCGCGUCCUUUUCCAGUGCGCCAAGACCCUCAACCAGACCGCCGGCACCAAGACCCGCUCGUGCGCUAACCGUGCCGCCAGGACGUCCGUCGACAAGGUCAAGGCUAAAGGAUCCAGCAGCGAUCCGUUGGAGGAGUGGCGUAACGGUGAAGCCAUGAAACAGUUGUGCUGUAACCUCAAAUCCGUCAAGAGCUGUAGUGGAACGGAAGUAGCUGACAAGUGCGGAAGUCAAGCCCAGCAGAUCACCGACAGCAUCUAUGCUACCGUCUUGGAGUCGUUCAAGUGUAAUGGACCCCGCGGACAGAACUGCCCGACGCUGCCGCCGCCCACCGCUGAGGAUGCCAAGUUCGACAUGCCGGAUAUGGGCAACAUGUUCCCCGGUAUGGGCGGUCCCGGUGGUCCCGGUGGUCCCGGUUUCGGUCCUGGUGGCCCACCCAUGUAAUGGACGCUACCAAGCCUGUUUAUGUGUCGUUCUUAAACGCUGCUUGAUAUUUUCGUGAUAAAAUUUGUUAGGGAUUUUCUUUUAAUUUGUCGUCAGAUUGUGGGAAUAAAUUUUUUUAUGAUGAAAGAUGUGUUUUGUCGCAAAGAGUUUAUCUUUAAACCGGUGUGCGAAAAACGGCAGUUCUGAAAAUAAAUUUAAUAUCGUAUAA